AUGCCUGAUUUUAAUUUUACACAAACUGAUUUAACUAAUGAAUCUAUUGAAACAUUGAGAUUAUUUUAUUUAGUACGAACAAUUUGUAUGCAAGGAUUAAUUCCUGUUGUUUGUAUAAUUGGUAUCUCAACAAAUUGUUUAAAUAUUCUUGUCUUAAUAAGACCACGUAUGAAUUCAUCAACAAAUAAAUAUUUACUUGCUGUAGCAGUAUCUGAUUUAUUCUAUGGCAUCACAUUAUUAUUAUUAACAUUGAGAACAUUGGAUAAAUUUGAAACAUCAAUACAUUAUAUGUAUUUAUUGCCAUAUAUGAUGGCAUUCGGGAAUUUAUGUAGUAAUACAUCAUGUUGGUUAACUUGUGCAUUUGCUGCUGAACGAUAUAUUGCAGUUUCAUCGCCAAUAUUAGCGCGUAAAAUUUGUACAAAACAAAAUUGUAAAUGGAUUAUACUUGUGAUCUUUUUGCUUACAUUGAGUGUAACGCUACCGGAUUUUUUAUCAUAUACAGUGAAAUGGAGUGAAGAGUUUAACAUUGAUGAGAUACAAACGAUGAAUGAUAAUCUCAAUGAUGUUGAUGAUUUAACAUUGAAUGUAAAUCAAACUAUUCGAAUGAACAGUAAUAAUAAUAAUAAGAAUAACAAUAAUAUAACAAAAAUUAGUCAACAACAAUCUAUUCGUGCACCACAUUAUAUUUUAACUGAAACUAAAAUAGGUGAAAUUUUAAAUAAAAAUGGAUGGCCAAUUAUUAUAAUUAUUUUAGUUGUCAUAGGUCCUUUAAUUAUAUUAUCCGUUUUCAAUGGUCUUCUUAUCAAAUCAAUCAUACAAGCAUCGAAAAUUCGUUUAAAAAUGACGAAGAAAACAACAAAUGAAGUAGUUUUACCAAAAAUUCGUUAUGGUAUUGUAUAUGUCACUGAUAGUUUAAUAAACUAUACAAAAAAUAAUAAUUCAGAACAAAUCGUCAAUCAGGCGAGUCAUGAAUGUGAUUCAUCAUAUAAAAAUUCAAUUAAAAAUUUUCAACUAUUUAGUAAGUACAAAACACGUCGACAACAUCAUCAACAACAACAACAACAGAACAGAAGUAAAUUAUCCAGAGGAAAUAUUCUCUCAGCAAUGGAAAUUCAUGAAACCACCGAUAAUAAUCCUAAUCCUAAUGAACCAGAGAAUUUACCAACAAACAGUUAUCGUUCAUUAACAAAUUCUGCACCGAAACUAUACACUCUACAUCAAUCACGUGCAUAUUUCAAUGAAAAAGAUCGUAUUACUUUAAUGUUAAUAUUAAUUGUUGUUGCAUUUUGUGUAUUGACUAUGCCAAGUGCAUUGUUACACUUAAUUAAAGUAUCACAUCCAAAUAUUCGCCGACCAUUGGUACGUUUACAAUUAGCUAUAGCUGGUAAUUUUGUCAAUUUAAGUUUAGCUAUUAAUUCAACAUUGAAUUUCUUUUUUUAUUCAUGGCUUAGUAGACGUUUUCGUAGAACAUUUUAUAAUCUUAUUAAAUGUAAUUAA